AUGUCUGGCUUGUCAGAUUUUCAGAAUGGGUAUCACGAUAUAACCUCCGGGUCCGAUGACGGAGAUGAGUUGGUCGCAGAGCUCCUCGAGCAGUUCGCUGUGCCAACCGCGUCUAGCAGAGACCACAGCGAACAGAAAUCUCGACCUGCUUCUGCUCAUGAAAGGCCGACCCAUACACAAGGCGAUGGAGGAUCAAAGUCAGAGUUCUCUGGAAUCGAGGUUCCGCAGAUUCAGGAUGUCGAUGAAUAUGAGUCCCUCCCCGGCCAUGAUAAAGUGCGACGCAUUCUAAGCAGAGGGAAUACGCCAUGGGGGCCUUACUACUGGGUUGAAUUUAGGAGCGGAGAUAAGGAUCUUGUCUCCUCAUCCCGACUUCCUACUCUUACCAAUGGCGACGAUGCUCUAGCCAAGUUCAACGAUUCGAACAAGCAGAGUCGACAGAGACGUGGAGAUAUGGAUUCUACAAGGUCACGCAGAUCAUUAAGGCAAGGCAGUGCAGAAUUCGUGAGUUCGAUGAAUUUGGUCUUUUCAGAUGAAGAAGAUGCAAGUAGCGAGAGUCUUUCUCGCCAGAAUGCUACCGACGGAUCGUUGCGCUCAAUUCGUCUUAUUGUUGGACCUCCCCCGCCGCCAUCGGAAGACGAAUACCUCGCCUCGUCUUCAGAAUCAGGGUGGACUACAAGGCGUCAAUCCACUCGAGGCCGACCUCCACGUGCGGUGCCUGAGAGCAGCGAUGAGGAGGAAGAAGUGGACGACUCUUCGUCUUCAAGUGAUGAUCUCGCAACCUCUUUCACGACAAGAUCGUUGAGGAAGCGCAAGCCUCAGACGCUUGCCAUACGACGCUCCAAGCGGCAGAGGACGUCCGGGUACUCAGAGUCUGGUAGCGAAUACAGUGCCCCAAGAGGCGCUCGUUUCUCAACAAGGACAAGGGGACAGCCGCGGAAAAGUCUCAGAGAAAGAGUCGAAUCUGAUAUCUCCGAGAACGAGGCCACUUCGAGAGAAAAGAAGUACUCUGCUGCGAAGGAGUAUUUCGAAAAGGUCCCGAAGGAUAAUGAAUUCCGACUCCGCCAUCGCAAUGUCUGCGAUACUUGUUAUACUUCCAAAGACGACGAAGUCAAAGGGCCACUCGUUUUCUGCCAGGGGUGUACCAGUGCGUACCAUAAAGUCUGCUUGGGACCACGUGGUUCGCGAGAGCAUCUAGUCACCAAGGUCGGACCGGACCAUUUCAUACUACAGUGUAGACGUUGUAUUGGAGUUUCCCAUACAAAGGAUUGGUACUCUCCCCACCAUGGCUUCUGCACUGAAUGCAAGGCCCCGGGUCCUAUGUCGAAGCCUCUUCGGGAGCGGUUGACAGCGCGCCAGGAGCAGCAACUGCGAGAGAAGAAUGGGGGCCUGGACCCGAUCACCCCAGUCGACAGGUCCCUUAUUGACAACGUGGAUAAUGUCCUUUUCCGCUGCUCGGACUGCUAUAGAGCCUUUCACUUCGAGCAUCUCCCUCCAAAAUCUGAACAAGAACCCGCCUGGGAAAGUGAAGACAUGACACCUGCUGAGCGUGCCAAUGCACGCUUCAAGGAAUAUUCACGGCGUUGGAUAUGCAAGGAUUGCUCAUCCGUGCCUGGAGAAAUAGCAGCGCUAGUAGCCUGGCGGCCGACGAAUUUGGAGAGCUACGUUCCCGGAACCACUGCGGAGGCUAUGAAGGAAGAUGAAAAGGAAUAUCUCGUCAAAUGGAAAGGCAUGUCCUUCUAUCGAACUCAGUGGAUGCCGGGUACUUGGGUCUUUGGCGUAGCGGCCGCUGCCAUGCGGAGAGCAUUCGACAAGUCACCCAAGAAUCUGAAACCACAGAUGACUACGGAGGAUGCGAUUCCCGAAGAAUAUCUACGGGUUGAUAUCGUCUUCGAUGUCCGCUACUCCAACGUUGUAAGUAACCGGACCUUGGAAAUCGACAGGGCACGGGUGAAGGAGGUAAAGGAAGCCUAUGUUAAGUUCAAGGGGCUCUCAUACGAAGAUGCCGUAUGGGAAUCGGUUCCUGACCCUUCAGACACUGAAAGAUGGAACGACUUCAAGGCAGCUUAUGAGGAUUGGGUCCUGCGUGACUAUGUCCGUGUUCCCAAGUCCGGUGUGCUGAGAAAGCAUCUAGCCAAGAUCCGAUCUCAGGAUUUCGAAUCCACCUUGAUGAAGCGUAGUCAACCGACCAUCCUGACGGGUGGGCAGAUCAUGGACUACCAGAAGGAUGGCCUUAACUGGCUGUACUACAUGUGGUAUAAGAAACAAAAUGCCAUUCUCGCCGAUGAAAUGGGUCUGGGGAAAACCAUCCAAAUCAUCAGCCUGUUUGCGACCCUGAUACAGGAUCAUAAAUGCUGGCCGUUUCUUGUCGUUGUCCCCAAUUCCACUUGCCCAAAUUGGCGGCGUGAAAUCAAGACCUGGGCUCCUUCGCUCCGUGUGGUCACUUUUUACGGGGGCAGCGUUGCCCGCAAACUAGCCUACAAGUACGAAAUGUUUCCGGAAGGAAGCUCGGAUCUGAGAGCUCAUAUCGUCAUCACGUCCUAUGAAACCCUCAGUGACGACAAAGCAGUCAGAACUGUUUCGAACAUACCAUGGGCCGGUCUUGUGGUGGAUGAGGGACAGAGGUUGAAGAACGAUAGAAACCAGCUUUAUGAAGCUUUGUCGAAGAUACAAUUUCCGUUCAAAGUUCUCCUGACUGGUACUCCUUUGCAGAACAACGUUCGCGAGCUAUUCAACCUGCUCCAAUUCUGCGACCCGACUAUGAACGCACAAGCGCUAGCCGAGAAAUAUGCAACUCUUACCAAGGAAAACGUUCCUGAGCUACACGAAAUGAUCAGGCCCUUCUUCCUCCGCCGGACGAAAGCCCAGGUCCUCACUUUCCUUCCGCCAAUGGCGCAGAUCAUCGUCCCAGUGACGAUGUCUGUGGUGCAAAAGAAGUUGUACAAAUCUAUUCUGGCUAAGAACCCGCAAUUGAUCAAAUCGAUCUUCAAAAACAGCGACAAAUACAACUUGAAACAAAAUGAGCGCCACAGUCUUAGUAACAUCCUCAUGCAAUUACGCAAGUGUCUCUGUCACCCAUUCGUCUACAGUAGAGCCAUCGAAGAACGCACCUUUAAUGCUGUUGUGGCUCAUCGAAACUUGGUUGAGGCUUCAGGAAAGCUACAGCUGCUAGAGAUAAUGCUUCCAAAACUACAGGAGCGUGGCCACCGCGUUUUGAUCUUCAGCCAAUUUCUUGACAAUCUGGACAUAGUGGAAGACUUCUUGGACGGACUUGGAAUGCUGCACCGCCGUCUGGAUGGAAGCAUGUCUGCUUUAGAAAAGCAAAAACGAAUCGACGAGUACAACGCCCCAGACUCGCCAUACUUUGCCUUUUUAUUGUCAACCCGCGCUGGUGGUGUCGGUAUUAACCUGGCCACCGCUGAUACCGUUAUUAUAAUGGACCCUGAUUUUAAUCCCCAUCAGGAUAUCCAAGCUCUAUCCCGAGCUCAUCGAAUUGGUCAGCAAAAGAAAGUUUUGGUCUUCCAGCUCAUGACGCGCGGUAGCGCGGAAGAAAAGAUCAUGCAAGCCGGAAGGAAGAAAAUGGCUAUGGAUCAUGUCCUCAUUGAACAGAUGGAUGCUGAAGAUGAAGCUGGAAUGGAUCUUGAGUCAAUCCUUCGUCAUGGUGCUGAAGCACUGUUCGAUAAUGACGAGUCUGGCGAUAUUCGGUACGAUUCAGACUCGGUCGAUAAACUCUUGGACCGCAGCCAGGCUGAGAAUACACAGACUGGGGAGGAUGCGUCCGCUGAGUCUCAGUUCAGCUUUGCCCGCGUCUGGGCCAAUGACACUUCUGCUCUUGAAGAUAGUCUGGGAGAUGCAGAUAGCACUGCCACCCCAAAUAGCAACGUCUGGGAAAAGAUUCUCAAGGAGCGUGAACGCGCUGCAGAAGAGGAAGCAGCCCUUAAAGCCCAGGCGUUUGGUAGAGGUAAAAGAAGGCGGAACGUUGUCGAUUAUUCAUUCAAGGAAGCUGAAGCUGCGCUUCACGUUUCUCCAAGGAAAUCUCGCGAAGCGGAGAGUGACGCAGAAUUCAUCCACCAGGACGAUAACUCGGAGACUGAAGCGGGUCUGGGUGAGACUCCAAAGGGCAAGAAGGUCCAGAAAGCGCGGCCAUUCAAACGUGUCAACCCGCUGAGCGCUGAGAACACUGCGCAAUUGAAUGGGACGAGCCUUGAUGGCAGUGCCGAAAGUGGCCGCCGUCCCUCUCUGCCUUGUCUUGGUUGCAAGCGCUUUCAUCCUGUGGGCUACUGUCCCCUUAAACUCGCUGGUGUUGAACAUUGCGGCCUCUGCGGCAUUGCCCAUUUUGGCCAUCAACGUACUUGCCCUCAUCUGAAUUCUGAGUCUCAGGUAGCCCUGAUGCUGAGCUUCCUAAAAGAAAGCACUGAACCAAAGGCGCUCGUAGAGGAGGCAAAACGAUACCUCCGCGGGGUCCGGGGGGAUCUUAUUCGCAGGAAGAAGGAACAAGAGAAAAGAACCUCACUUGCUGGCAAUCCUCCCAGAGAGAUCAACACCGCUGGGCCUGUGGUGAACGGGGCGGCAUAUCCUAAUCCUGGCUACAACCCGAUUCCCGGCUUUCCCCCCGGUGCACAGCAAAAUCCGGCUAUGUUCCAGCAUAUGAGGUACCAACCUCCGCCAAACAUGGGAUACAUGCCUCCUAGUCAGCCACAGCCUCCUCAUGGCCUUCCGCCAUCACAACCAUGGCAGCAGUACAGAAGCCCCUAUGGGCCUCAAUCUAUGGCACCCCCUCCCUCUGGUGGCCAUACGAAGAAAUAA